GGCGACACGGACAGAGAGACACCCGCUGAAGGGAGAGAUGGAACUAAUUGGAGGAUUGGGACUACAAGGGCAGAUGAAUUGACGAGUGGGCCACGAGUGGGGGGGACAGUUAAACAGCAAUUCGAAGGGGGGGCAAGAAGGCAUGCAAAAGAGAUAUGUAAGGUAUGCAAAGCGUCGGGUCGGUGCGAAAAAACCCAAGGGCGGACUGCUGGUGGGAUAAAGUCGAUGUGUUUGGUAGUAGUAGGAGUAUAGCUGUCUGGAUACUGCCAGACAGCCAGACACUACCACCUCACGGCAUCAGGCAGUCGGACCAAGUGGGAGAGGGGAAGGCUUGGGAAUUGAGAGGAAUGGAUGAAGCCAUCUGGGCCAUGCUCCCUUUUCUCGACUGCUUUGGCCCUAAGAGAUUCCCAAAGGAGGCAGUCGAGCGAGGCGACGGAGGGUUGCCCAAACCCGAAGCGUGCGAAUUGCGUCCAUGCGAAUGGGCAGGUGCCGAGAUAUUAAGGUUGGUACCAAGCAACAGGAACCUCAAAACGACCGGUCUGGACGAAGACCUCCUGUUGACCUGCUGCUUUGCGCCCAGUGUUUCACCACCGGCUGAGGGUACUGUGGCUCGUACUGGCUGGGACUGGCCGGCUGGUCUGGAAAACAAGAGGAGAGAAGAAACGACACCACAACCUUCCUUCCAUCUUCCAGCAGAGACGGAGGGGCCGUCGGGGUUUGCGAAAUGUGACAAAAAUAAAAGCAAAGAGGCCAGGGGCGACCCCGGGGUGCCUAGCUUAGCCAGCAACGGCCCCAAACGGGUAAGGUGUAUGCGCCAGGGGCAUUUCUUCAUUCUGAUUGGUCAGCCUCUCGCCUGUCUCCAAGACCACAGUGACGUGAGGAAAAUCACCCCAGCCCGGCACGGCAACGACGGCACCGUCCGCGGUGCGCUUCCCUUCCAAACGACAGGGCAAGGGAAGCACCGAGAGCAGGGAGGAAGCAUCAUGAAUGCUGAGAACCUCUUUCUGAGGGGCCCGGAUUUUCGGAAUUAUAGGGGCUCAAAAAGCCCUGGAGGUGCUCAAAGGGCACUCAAUACAGUGCAGUUUCGGCCCGGAGUCCUGGAAAGAUAA